UAACAGAGGUAUUCUUACAGCAAGUCCUGAUUUCAAGAGUGAUCUGCAUACUGUUGAUUUCAGUAAAGCAACAUGUACUUUAUCCAAUGCAGUGGCAAGGAAGCAAAACAGUAUACAACAUCACUGUUGUUAAAACACCUGCAUUUGAAACAUUCUGUGGAGUAGAACAUCUGUUCUGCUGGUCCUAAAAUGGUCGAUAGCAGAGAGGACAAUUCCAUUGCUGUGGGAAUACCACAGAAAUCUCAUCAGAAAGGAAACAACAUUAUUCAGAUAACAUUGCUGGACUUUGCAGCGCAAAAACAGCAUUGGACAUCGGACAAACCUCACGCUCUAAAGAGCCACAUAGCUAUUGGAAAGAUGAUGGCAGUAGACAUGCAGCCUUACUCAGUCAUCGAUGGUGUUGGUUUCACAGAACUGCUACAACUGCUUGAACCAAGGCAUGGGGUUCAACAUUGUCGGGGGGAGAGACCAGCAGUACAUCUCCAACGACGGCGGCAUCUACGUCGCCAAAAUCAAGGAGCAGGGGGCGGCAGCGCUGGACGGGCGGCUGCAGGAGGGGGACCGGAUCCUGGCGAUCAAUGGGUGUGAGCUGCAGAACCUGUCCCACCAAGAGGCUGUGGAGCUCUUCAGAACGGCCGGAGAGGAUGUGAGGCUCCGGGUGCUGCAGGGGCACUCCGCUCAGAUGAACGGUCCGAAGGGGUCUAGGGGUUGGGCCGAGCCGCCCAUCCCGCUGCUCGGAGUCCUGGCUGUAACGGGAGUGCUGGCGCUCACAGCGAUUGUGUAUUUGAGAGUCCGUCACCAGAUCGGCAUGCGUUGAAACACGGCGUCACUAUUUAUUAUUGAUUAGAUUAUUAUUAUUGUUUAUUUCUUUGCUUUUUUCUUUAUGGAAAACCAGACUGAUUUAAUUUUUUCCCCCACUAUUUCACUGAUAUGUUUUAUUGUAAAUUACUGCUGCUUAUUCCAAAGGAAAGAUUCAUGUGUAGAGGGUUUAGGUUUUGAAGCCAGAAGUUUGAAACUUACUUGCACGAUAAGUACAGGACAAAGGAGAGGGUUUUUAAACUGAAUAUGUAUUUAAAUAACUGGUAUCCGCUUUAAGAAUAAGUUUGAAAAGGGACAGCAGCUUUAGCGUGGAAGUAAAACAGGAGCUACUUAAUGAAUUCAAGUGCCAGAUACUUCUACACUUCCCAAAGCAAGCUAGGAAUCAUAGUACCACCUGCUGGGAGCUCAGUGUUACUACAGUUCACUUUACCCAGUGUGGAAGCAGUUGUGUGGCCACUUCUCAUUUCCUUAGCCAGCUGACCCACGUGUUUUCUGUUGCGUCUAUGCAGCAAGGGUUGGAACCCAGCACAUUACAAUCCUUUUUUUUCUUUAAUUACUUUCAUUUUUGUGAAUGUAGUGAAUGUAAUUUUUUAAAAGCAAAGCACCAAUAGAGGUAAUAGAAGCCAUGAAAUAUGUGUUUGCUUGAAACACAUGUCAGUAACCUACAUGUUGUAUCUGUAAAGUUAAAACUAGAGCUAUCAUUUAGCAUAAAGAACUAUUUCACCAUGGUCAGCAUUCACUGUACAUGCAUGGCUUCUCUCUGUAGCCUGUCAUAAAGAAUGCCCUGACCACGUUCCAUCACGAUUAGAGUAGCGGAUCUCUAGGUAGCUGUAAAAAAUAGAAAUGUGACAGACAGGGAUGGAUGUCCACCACCUGCGAGAGAUAAUAGCAUCUAAGGAAAUUGAUUUCGAAGCAUUGGCUAGCACGUCUUUUGAAGAUGAUUUAUUAUUAUUAUUAUUAUUAUUAUUAUUAUUAUUAUUUUAUUUUUUUAAGUGAAGUCCUCAACUUUUUUUUUUAAUUUUUGUUUUUUAGUACAUUUGUAUCUGAUCUACAUGCCACAAAAACAAAGCCUUAGAAUUAGGUUUGAAUAAGAAGGCAGAGACCGUGUCGGAGCUAUAGAAAGAGAAUCGUGAUAGAUGUAGUUAUAAAUCAUGUCAUCUGUACAAGCCAAUCGGAGAACUGUUUAAAUGCGCAUGAGCAUAGUGUGUGUGUGUGUGUGCGCACACGUGUGUUAAUAUCCACUGUGUCUCCAUGUUUAAUGUAGAAUUAUGAUUUGCUUUGUAGGCUGUAUACAGACCCUGUUCCGGUCCUCCACACACAAGGCAAUGCUAGUGAACUGCUGUUCUGUAGAAUCAGGUAGAACUACACUACAGCAGUACUGUCUGUAUCUGAUCAAGGUAUACCAUAGCAGCUUUCUGUCAAGUCCCGGCAUGUGAUAUUUAGAGGAAAUCCAAGAGUGACUGUGAAUAUCUAAACCCUUACCCACUGUUCCAUUGUAUAUAGUACUCUAUGAAGUGGUUGAUAACAAUAUCGGGGAAAGAAAAAAGGUCUCUUCACCUGUACUUUGGGACCUGCUAUAAAGCAGUGAGGACAGGGUUUUGGCUGAGCCAUUACACAGCACCCAUAAUGUAUUGACAACCUCGAAGAACAGACUCAAAGGAUCUCCUCAAAGCAUUUACCACCAAUAUUUUGUGAAGUGAAACUAGGAAGAAUUGUGCAUGCUAAUGAAAGUGACACAAAGCUGUGUCUGCAUGUUGCAUGCUUUGUGGUUGAUGAUUACCAAAAUGUAUGGAAUAUGUGUAUUAUAACAUCUUUCUGUUUUCACAAUCUAUCCUGAAGGACCACAUGCAUCUUUCUGAGCUGUCUUUAUUUGUUGUUGUCCAAACCUGAUUCUGUUGAUUAGAAAGUUCGCUGCACUUUGUGUCUGUUCUGUUUGCAAUGAUUGCCUUCCCCUCUGUCUGCCCAUUAAUACGAAGGCUUCAUAAAGCAGGUUUCUCAUUAAAUAGAGCUUUCCUGCAAGUCAUAUUCUACCCAAGCGAAGUUCAAUUUGCAA